CCAGAUCCUUUGAGAGAGUGAAGAACAGCGGACAGAGGAGACUGACCUUUUACCCAAACCUCCUCUACCUGUGAAUGACUUCCUGUGCAACACAUCAGCAAAGCUCUGCGGUUUUCUAUCGGAUUACAAAACCAGGAUUUCUCUCUCUAACUCAAGAUUUAUCAUGAAGCUCUUCUUGUUGACUGUGUUGCUCCUGGUGGUGGGAGGAAGCACUGCAGAGAGAAUCCUGUCCAGAAGGACCAAGCGAGAGCUUGCCAGUCCCCUCCAUGUUGGCGGCAUCAGGGACCCAUUUGGCUCCUACUGCCAGAGGAGAGGAGGCUGCUGCCCUGGCAGAGACGACCUGUGCACAGUUCCCUACCUGGACACCAUCUGCUACUGCGACUUGUUCUGCAACCGCACAAUCUCCGACUGCUGCCCUGACUUCUGGGGUCACUGUCUAGGCGUGGCGCCACCUUUCAUUGGCACCUGCGAAAGAAAUGGAAACAAGUUCUUUUCGGGGCAAACAUACAAAGAGAACUGCAAUUUAUGUACAUGUGGGACCACAGGACGUUGGGAGUGUGAAGACAAUGCCUGUCUGAUGGAGCCUGACGUUAUCCAUGCAGUCAACAGAGGAAACUAUGGGUGGAAGGCAGCUAACUACAGUCAGUUCUACGGCAUGACUCUCGACGAGGGCAUCCGGUACCGCCUGGGCACACAGAGACCCACCAGGACUAUUAUGAACAUGAAUGAGAUACAGAUGAACAUGGAUCCGCAGAAUGACCGUCUGCCUGUGUACUUCAACUCAGCAGAGAAGUGGCCAGGAAAGAUCCAUGAACCACUGGACCAGGGCAACUGUGCUGCAUCCUGGGCUUUCUCAACUGCAGCUGUGGCAUCAGACAGAAUUUCCAUCCAGUCAAUGGGUCACAUGACUCCUCAGCUGUCCCCCCAAAAUCUUAUUUCCUGUGACACACGCAACCAGGGCGGCUGUGCCGGGGGACGCAUCGACGGAGCCUGGUGGUACCUCCGGCGUAGAGGAGUGGUGACAGAAGACUGUUAUCCAUACCGACCCCCACAGCAAACACCAGCAGAGGUGGGCCGCUGUAUGAUGCAGAGUCGCUCAGUUGGCCGGGGAAAGAGGCAGGCCACGCAGCGCUGCCCCAACACGCACAACUACCAGAACAACAUCUACCAGUCCACACCCCCCUACAGGCUCUCAUCCAAUGAAAAGGAGAUCAUGAAGGAGAUUAUGGAUAAUGGCCCUGUGCAAGCUAUUAUGGAGGUCCAGGAGGACUUCUUUGUCUACAAGAAUGGGAUCUACAAACACACUGACGUCAGCUUCACCAAACCGCCACAAUACCGCAAACAUGGCACACACUCUGUCAGGAUCACUGGGUGGGGAGAGGAGAGACACUAUGAUGGGACAUCAAAAAAAUAUUGGAUUGCUGCCAACUCCUGGGGAAAGAACUGGGGAGAGAACGGCUACUUCCGAAUCGCUCGAGGGGACAAUGAGUGUGAGAUUGAAACAUUUGUGAUCGGUGUUUGGGGCAGGAUCACAAUGGAGGACAUGCACAACCAUCACCACCACCAUCGUCGCAGACACGUUUAGAGACACAACAGAUGUUAAAACCACACAAGACCUUUGUUUUUAAUCCCACCUAUAGCUGGUUUUUACCCGAGAGGAGAACCAUACCAAGAACUUCCGCACAUCCAGCUCGGACAGCCACAAAAUCAACCCCAGAGCCCCUGAACCCUCUAUUUUUAUACCUUACUUUCCACUGGGGAUCAAUACAACCCCUCCACCUUUAUCCUUUUAAGAGAACACUCCCCACUCUCCCUUUAACCCAAGGUUUAUGGCACCAAAAAACUAAGAAAAACUCGACUAAGCUAAAGCUCUUCUACGUUGCCUUGCAAUUAGGCGCCUCAGGUACCUACUGAUCCAAAGACCACACUUCCCAGAAUCCUCAGCAUAAUAUCUGGUGAAACAUGUUCAUGUCAAAGUUGGGCGAUGACAGAAGGAGAAGCUCAAUCUGAUCUUUUUUAUUCUUCUUUGUGCUUCUUUGUCAACCUGAACCUUUAGUCUUUUCUAGCUUUAAAUCUAUAAUCCACACAGACCCAGUUUCACAGGCUCAGCUUGGAAAAGAGGAAAUUUGAGAGUCAGAUUAUCAGACCCUUUCUGAGAGACACACCCAGCCAAACUAUGUAACAUGAUAAUGUAUCAUAGAUGACCUUACUGACAUUUCCUUGUCAGCCAUACAGACGCACGGUUUUCCUAAUUCCCUCAGUUUUAGAGAAGACACUUGUAUGGAGUAAGCAGCUGCAGGCGGUAGAGUUUCUCACACAUUCCAAUGAAAACGUAGACUCUAACACUGGAAGCGGGAGGAGAUUUGAAGUAUAAGAUUAAAAAAACCUCUUAAUUGUGAUUUUAGGAGGGUUUACAGUGCUUUCGACCAUGACCAGCAAUCAGAAUUACUCCCAUCAGACAUUUUAAAGCGAUUUAAUAAUGAAACAUACUAUAUCUCGGCCCUUCUUCUCCUUGCUUAUACUGGGAAGGACAGUGUCAGUAAAAUAAGAUUAAACAUUUGGUCUUGGCUGCAGGUCAAAUAAAUAAUUUCCAGUCACACUAGAUGAAAAAAGUCACCAUGAACAAUGAUACACAUGUAAACAAAGGCCAUGCUGCCAUUCUUGACCCCACUGUCUCAUUUGGAAAAAUGAAACACUGAUGUGGUUAAAAAGGUUGUAAUUCGUUUAAGAAACAGAGCGGUUUUAACCACUGCAAAAGAAAGUGUUUGUGUAUGGUAGUCUUAAUUUGACCUGUUCUGUGUUCACUGUAACAAUUUGAGCUACGGAUGUUAUUUUUUAUGUUGCAGUCAUAUUUUUAUUUUACUACGUGUUUAAAGAUGUACUGUAUGUAGUAACUUUCAUAACACGCUCAUCAACUCGCUUUUCUGCUUCUACAUAGUUGUAACUGUUUGACCACAGCGAGGAGGAUGGGGGGGGGGAUGCUGCUGCUAAAGUCCAGUUGUGCUACAGUAUUUGAUGAGUCUUUAGUUCGAUGCAUCUCGUAUGGUCAGGUCACCCAUUUUGCAGAUGAACUGUUUGGCUUUAUGUUCUCAUAUUUUAUUUUAGCUUUUUAUUGUUUUUUGCUGAAAAACAUAACAUGUUCCAACUUAUCAGCCGUGUGCCUAUCUUACACUACCGCAGCGCUUUAUGAUGUUUUUAUUUCAACUGGUUAAGGCUGAUUGAGGGAUUUUCAGAUCUUCUUGGAGCACGGCCUCACUUGAAAAGGAAAGCAUAUUAUCGCUUACCUUAAAUUACACCCUGAUGUGCUUCAGCUGUAACUUCAAAAGGCUUUAUUUCUAUAUCGUCAUGUCUUGUGAUCUUUAAGGUCCCUGCAUCAUCUCCUUCAGGCAUGGAUAGGCAGAUAGACAUAAAAGCAAAGAGAGAAUGUCUGGAUGAAUAGGCAAUGUGCAAUGUGGUGGAUAGAUAAGCAUUAUUAUUGCAAUGUACUGAAUCUUUCCUUUCAUUCUGAAGUGAGCGAGGACAGGGGAAGAUGAAGAGCAGCCAAUAAACAUGAGAUGAACAACAGGUUUACAAUAAAUGACACCAAGGACAAUGUGAAACUGAGCUCUUUUGCCUGAAGAGUGAUUCAUUCUUUGUCAGUAGAAAGGAGGAGUUUCUUCUUUUUAUAUAUUUUCAUCAUGUUACUAUAGCUCCUUUACAAAAGAGAAAAACACCAAUGGACAAAAUGUCAGCUGCUCGGUUAGUUUACAUUACUGUGUUGCAGUCUUCACUGAAAGUGCACAGAUUGGUUUGUUUAAAGUCCAUGUUUUUACCAGUCAAGUUGUUACGCCGUUAAAAUGAAUUAAGAUAUAGGGUUAGUUACAGACAGUAUGACACUGGUGAGAAAAGCAGACGUGACUUUUUUUCAUUCAGAAUGAAGUAUUGGAAACUAAUAAAAGCGUAAAUCAAAGAGUAGAGACAUCUUAUUGGCAGUGUGAAAUUAUUUUGCCUAUAUGUUGGAUUAACAGUUGGCUUGGACCUACAGUACAUGCUGUAUAUACACUGAAUAUAUAUAAAAGAAGGGUUAAAAAAAACUCUCUUCUCUUUUAUAGCAUUGGGAUUAACUAUAUUACUAAAGAGUCUGCAAAACCCAACUUUAUUCCAUAGAAAUUGGUAUUACUUUCAGCAAUUCUCCAACUACACAACCUCUCCUCCAAAAAAAAACCCAGCUGCAGCAGACAUUCACUCAAAAGUUGUGUAUUUUAUGUAAAAUGAACCACUCCAUAUUCACUGAUGUGUAGACAUUAUUUAUGACAAGAUAUGUAAAUUAUAUACUUUUAUUCUUUGUUUUUUCCUGUGCAAUGUUUUCUGUCUGUCUCCUGUAUUGUGUACACUAAAUGCAACAGUGUUCACUUGUGCGGCACAAUAAAGUCUUUUCAAAACCA